CAGCUAAGAUCCAAGAUUUUGGUGGCGGAUAGCUUUUGAAAAAGAAACCAAAUUUCGUGUUGGGUUUUUUUGGGAUGAUGAAAAGCUUGGCCGAGAGAGAAGAAUUGCAAAGAUCAGAAGUCAAUGGCGGCGGCGGUGGCGGCGGCGGCGGUGAUGAUGAGAAAUGGGUUGCUGAUUCUUCAGUUGAUUACAAAGGGAGGGUUCCUCUAAGAGCUUCCACCGGUGCUUGGAAAGCCUCUCUGUUCAUCAUAGCCAUUGAGUUUGGUGAGCGGCUGAGUUAUUUUGGGAUCGCCACAAGUUUGAUCAUUUAUUUGACCAAAGUUCUUGAUCAAGAGCUGAAGACGGCGGCCAGGAGUGUCAAUUACUGGACCGGCGUCACCACUUUGAUGCCGCUCCUCGGUGGCUUUCUCGCCGACGCGUACUUCGGCCGCUACGCUACCGUCCUCCUCUCUUCCGUUCUCUACGUCUUGGGUUUGAUUCUAUUAACCAUGUCGGCCACGGUUCCGAGUUUAAAAUCGUGUGAAAGCAAUGAUCACGACUGCACACAACCAAGGAAGAUCCAUGAGAUCAUCUUCUUCCUUGCUAUUUACUUGAUCUCCAUAGGAACUGGCGGCCACAAGCCGUCGCUCGAGAGCUUUGGAGCCGAUCAAUUCGACGACGAUCAUCCAGAAGAACGAAAGAAAAAAAUGUCAUACUUCAAUUGGUGGAACUUCGGCCUUUGUUCUGGAUUGUUGUUUGGCGUUACCGUUAUUGUUUAUGUACAGGAUCAUAUCGGUUGGGGAGCUGGAGAUUUGAUUCUUACAGCGGUGAUGGCGGUUUCUAUAGUCAUUUUUGUCAUCGGACGACCGUUUUAUCGGUACCGACGACCAUCUGGAAGUCCGUUGACGCCCUUGUUGCAGGUUCUUGUGGCAGCCAUUCGGAAGAGAAAGCUUCCUUACCCAUCGAAUCCCAUUUUAUUGCAUGAAGUUCCUAAGACGGCCAAUAACGCUCAUGGGAGGUUCUUGUACCACACCCACAAGCUCAAGUUUCUAGACAAAGCAGCGAUUUAUGAAGAAAGUGGAGCACCGGCGGAGAAGGAAAGUCCAUGGCGGCUAGCGACGGUGACGAAGGUGGAGGAGAUGAAGCUAAUAUUGAACAUGAUACCCAUAUGGUUGGCCACUCUGCCGUUCGGAGUCGCCGUAGGCCAAACCUCAACGUUCUUCAUCAAACAAGCCGCCAAUUUGAAUCGGAAAAUCAGCGACGGCUUAACCCUCCCGCCGACCACCAUCUUCUGCCUGGCCGCCGUCGGAAUGAUCAUCUCUCUCACCAUUUACGACAAGCUCCUCGUACCCUUACUCCGGCGAGCCACCGGCAACGAGAGAGGCAUCAACAUCCUUCAAAGAAUCGGCAUCGGAAUGCUGUUCGUAAUCGCUACAAUGAUCACAGCCGCCGUGGUUGAGAAAAAGAGGCUCCACGUGGCGGCGGAGAAUCCCAAAACCGCCUCCCAAACAAUGUCGGUGUUCUGGUUGGCCCCACAGUUCCUCAUCGUCGGAAUCGGCGACGGCUUCGCCAUCGUCGGCCUCCAAGAGUACUUUUACGAUCAAGUCCCUGAUUCAAUGAGGAGCCUCGGCAUUGCGUUUUACCUGAGCGUAAUUGGGGCCGGAAGUUUUCUGAGCAGCCUGCUGAUCACGGCGGUCGACAACAUCACCCGCCGGACCGGUAAGAGCUGGUUCGGCAAGGACUUGAACAGCAGCCGCCUCGACAAGUUUUACUGGCUGUUGGCUGCCGUUUCGGCUGCCAAUAUGUGCGUCUAUGUACUCAUCACGCGCUGCUACUCGUAUAAGAAUGUGCAGCGGCGCGUGGUCGUGGCCGAUUGCUACGAGGAUAAAGCGCGUGAAAGUGGAGAGUCCAUGGCUUAGAAUAUUUUAGUUUUAUAGUUUAAUGAGGUAAAUGGGUAAUUAUGUAUUAGAAAAAAACAAUUUGCUAUUUAUAAAUACGUUUAACAAUUUUUAUUA